AUGCGCCAAAACCCGCAGCCUCCUGCAGUGCGUGCCCACUGCAGCAACUCUCCCAGAGUGCCACUGCCCUUUGUGACUCUAAAACCACAUGCUGCCAUGGGCUCGCGUGUGCAUCCACAGCUCCUGUGUCAUGGUUGGGUGUUGCCCUACUGUCCUUUCUGGGCCACUACCGCCCUGAGAGCUUUUGCCCAGUUGUGGGCACAGCCGUUUCACCCCUCCCAGGGGAUGGAGCAUCUUUCUUUAAAGAAGUAUAUUAUUGACAUUGUGGUUGAAAGUGCAGCUUUACCAGAGCCUUUGAAAGAUGGUGAAGAGCGGCAGAAAAAUAAAAAAAAAGCCAGAAAGAUAAAAGCCCGGAUGAACUCCAGGGCCAAGGAAUAUGAGAGUUUAAUAGAAACAAAAAAUUCUGGAUCUGACUCACCUUAUAAAGCAAAGCUUCAGCGAUUAGCUAAAGAUCUUCUAAAACAACUACAAGUACAAGACAGUGGCCCAUGGGCAAACAAUAAAGUUUCUGCUUUAGAUCGGACCCUAGGCGAGAUCACUAGAAUAUUGGAAAAAAAGAAUGUAGCAGAUCAGAUUGCAUUUCAAGUUGCUGGUGGAUUAACAGCCCUUGAACACAUUCUUCAAGUAGUAGUCCCAACCACAAAUGUGAACACAGUUUCACGAAUUCCUCCUAAGUCUCUCUGCAAUACAAUCAACGUUUACAACCUCACCUGCAAUAACUGCUCAGAAAAUUGCACCGAUGUUCUGUUUAGUAACAAGAUUACCUUCUUAAUGGACCUCCUGAUACACCAGUUGACGGUUUAUGUUCCUGAUGAAAAUAAUGCUAUUUUGGGAAGAAAUACAAAUAAGCAAGUUUUUGAAGGUUUGACAACUGGACUUCUCAAAGUCAGUGCUGUGGUUUUUAGCUGCCUGAUUGCCAAUCGACCAGAUGGAAACAGCCGGCCAGCUACACCAAAAAUAUCGACACAGGAAGUGAAAAACAAACCCUCACAAGGUGAUGCUUUUAACAGUCGAGUUCAGGACCUCAUCAGCUACGUGGUGAACAUAGGUCUGAUCAGCAAGCUUCAUGGCUGCUUCCUGUCAGUGCAAGGACCAGUGGAUGAGAAUCCCAAGAUGGCCACAUUUCUGCAGCAUGCCGCAGAACUCUUACGUGGAAUGUGCAUGCUGUGCUUUGCUGUCACCAGAAGGUCAUACAGUAUAUUUGACAAUAAUCGCCAGGAUCCCACAGGACUGACUGCUGCUCUGCAGGCCACAGACCUGGCUGGAGUUCUGCACAUGCUCUACUGUGUCCUCUUCCAUGGCACCAUCUCGGACCCCGGCCCUGCCAGCCCCAAGGAGAGUUACACUCAGAACACAGUCCAAGUGGCCAUCCAGAGUUUACAGCUCUUCAACAGUUUUGCCGCUCUGGACCUGCCAGCUUUCCAGUCUAUUGUAGGGGCAGAGGGCUUGUCCCUUGCAUUCCGGCACAUCGCCAGCUCUCUACUGGGCCACUGCAGCCAAGUCUCCUGUGAAAGCCUCCUUCAUGAGGUCAUCGUCUGUGUGGGCUACUUCACUGUCAACCACCCAGAUAACCAGGUAAUUGUACAGUCUGGCCGCCACCCCACGGUGCUGCAGAAGCUCUGCCAGCUGCCCUUCCAGUAUUUCAGUGACCCACGGCUGAUCAAAGUGCUCUUCCCUUCACUUAUCGCUGCUUGUUACAACAACCGUCAGAACAAGAUCAUUCUGGAGCAAGAGAUGAGCUGUGUUUUACUGGCCACGUUCAUUCAGGAUUUUGUACAGACUCCAGGUCAGGCAGAUAACCAGUCUUAUCAGCCCAAAGGAAAAUCCCUUGGUUCCCAAGACUAUCUCGAGCUGGCUAACAGAUUUCCUCAGGCGGCCUGGGAAGAAGCUCGACAGUUUUUUUUAAAAAAGGAGAAAAAAUAAAUGACUUGGUUAGUUCUGUAUUUGAGCACCCUUGUUAAUAUUUUAAAUUGUUCAAACAAAUGUUCUCACUGUUCCGUAAGAAGCUCAUUUUCACAUGUUUAUACCCCCCCCCCGCGUUGUAGAUACGGUAUAUACUUUGCACUAUUUAUAAUGACUGUAGAUACUUUAAUGUUCUAAUUCUGCAAGUUGAGUUUAUUUCACUUAUGCACAAUAUUUUGGAGUUCAGUAACCUACAUCCUAUGAUAAUAUAUACUUUGCAUUUGUAAUAUGGGUGAAAUUAGACAUAAAAUUAGCAAGUCUGUUUUGUUCUUGUAAUAAAAUAACUUAUUCCGUUUGUAGUGGUGACUUUUCUUAUUAAGGUAGUACAAAUUUGAAAGAAAAAUGUUAACUCCAACUCUGGGAGUCUCUUAGUUAAAGACUUAAAGUUAACCU